CCUAGAAAGAAAACUGGAAUCCUUGAUGAUGUUAAGUCUACUGGUUGGCUUGAUGCAAUGAAAUCUUCUUCUCCUCCUCCAACACUUGUUAACAAAGAUAACUUCAGCACUGAGGCCACAGAUAUGACUUAUCGCGAAUGGAUGCAGCUCAAGUAUCCAUCAGCUCUUACUUCUUUUGAGAAAAUCAUGAGUUUUGCAAAGGGUAAAAGAAUAGCAUUGUUUCUUGAUUAUGACGGGACACUUUCGCCUAUAGUUGAGGAACCUGAUUGUGCUUACAUGUCAAGUGCUGUAAGUGUUUGACUUCCCCCUAUUUAACUCAAUUGCU